AUGAACACGAACAACCCAUCGCUGGACCACACCGCACCGUCUCAAGAAGGAGACCGUGGGGACUCCAGUGGCCCGUCGGGAGCCUCUGCCGCUGGAACCUCCUCCCUGUCCACAAACACAUCCGCUGCCUCUGACCCUACCCCUACCACUGGGGAAGCUGUCCCAGUUGCCCAAGUGAAUGCAGAGAUCACCGCCACGGCAACCACAACCUCUGGUAGUGCUCCUGUGGCUGCCACAGACCCUCGGUCGAGCUCUGACCCCGCGGCUGUAUCCACAGAAACAGAUGCUACCACCUCCACCUCCACCACCCCAGCUGCCACCUCCAUUACUGCAGCUACCCCCAGUGCCGCCGGCGGCGGCGUCAGUGACUUGUUCGACCGGUUCAUGGACGUGUUCACCCGAUCCACCUCCACCACCACGCCAAACAACGCCACCACCUCCUCCCCCUCCUCCACCGAGCCCCACAGCCACCCAGGGGGUGCCAUAAUCAUCACCGUGUCGUACGUGUUCUCCGACGACAACCACCCAGAGUCUCCCAACCGUAGCGGCUCGCUCGUCAUGAGUUUACCCAACACCCCUGCCAACCGUGACCCGGGAACCAUCCAGGAGAUCAUCAGCUUGGCCACCCAAGUGGCAUACCUGACGAUCUUGAGUGGGUUCAAGAAGGAGCAGGGCACCACCUUGGCCCGGUUCCGGGCGUUCCCGGUCAAGCCUGGCGCCGGUAGGGCCUGUAGCAUUUGUUUUGAGGACUAUGCCCCUGAGUCCGUCCUUGAGGAUGAGUCUGAGCCUAAGGGACAGCUCAAGAAGAAGCUCAAGGACAAGUUGGAGCUGUCCCUGGCUCUGGCCGGUGCUGACGACGACAUGGACGACAUUUCCGAGGACACUCGCCACCAAUCAGUCAGACGUCUUCCAGGCGGUAAAAGGGUUGGAGCUGAAGUUGAGGGGACUUCUCUGGAGAGGUCUAACAAGAGAAGAAGGAUAGACCUUCAGAGUCGGGGCCAUGGUCUGAAUCGUCAAGGUCUCAACGUUUCUGAUCAUGACAGCGAUCCUGAGACUGAGACUGAGACUGAGACUGUUGGUCCUGUUGGUCCUGCUGAGUCUCUGGCUGCUGAGUCUAUGGCUGACUCUCUGGCUGCUUCUGGCCCUGCUGACUCUCUGGCUACUGCGGCUGACUCUCUGGCUACUGCAGCUGACUCUGCGGCUACUGCAGCUGACUCUCUGGCUGCUUCUCGCCCUGCUGACUCUGCGGCUACUGCAGCUGACUCUCUGGCUGCUUCUCGCCCUGCUGACUCUGCGGCUGCUUCACCCUCGGCUACCUCCUCGGGUUCGGGUUCGGGUUCGGGUUCAGGUGUCUAUCUCUCUGACUACAACGGCACUUUCCCCCACAUCCCAGUGGAAAUGCCCUGUGGCCACGUCUUUGGCCAAUCAUGCCUCUACGAAUGGCUCAAGGACCACACCACCUGCCCCCUCUGUCGAGACUCUGUCGCUGAAGAACGGCCUGCUCGCGCCACCGACGCUCCUCUCAUCAUCCCCAUUGCAGGCUUGUCCGCAGCAGCUGCCUCUGCAUCUGCCUCUGCAUCUGCCUCUGCAUCUGCCUCUGCAUCUGCCUCUGCCUCUGCCGCUGCUGCUACUUCUGGAACCACCUCUGCGUCCACCACCAUCUCUCCCGGGUUCCCCCCUCGACGUAUCGACCGUCUUGGACCCAUACGACACACUCCUCCCCCUCCUCCUGCCGCUGCCGACUCCUCCGCCCCGGCAAGACUCUCGUCCCCGGCCCCUGGCGCCACCAACCCUUCGGAAAGCGGCGUGUUAUCACAACUCUUCUCCUUCUUGAGAAGACCUCAACCACAGGGCGACGUGCUCUUCCCCACGGGCGUCUCCAGCAGAAGAACCUCCACCGGCGUGGAAACGACCCUGAGCGACGUGGCCUCUUCUGCCACCACCUCCUCCUCCUCCAGCCGUCAUUCCCAGGGCAGACUGAGCAGCGCCGCCCAGGAAAUCCUCGACUUCCUCAACCUCCGCAGCUUGACCGAUGACGCCCCAGACGACGACACCUCCCCAGACCAAGACCAACCAUCCUCCUCCUUCUCCUCCGCGCCCCCACCACCACCGUCUGAAAACACGGACGGCGACGACCAUUGA